CCUCUCUCCCACUUUCACGACAUCACGCUUUUACACCACCAUUACCUGAAUGCAACAUAUUUGAGAACCCUCAGGGGCUCUAUCUGAAUAUGAUGGAGUCCUCCGGCGUUUUGACGCAACCAUUCCCACCCUCAAUACCUGAUCCUUCAAGGUCACCAGAAAACACCGAUGAACGUUCCGAGCCUAUAACGCAGAAUGGAGCGAAUUACUCCGACAGUGAAAGUGAGCUGUCCGAACCCGCAGAACCUAUCGUUGCCGCCAGCUCGCUGCCACAAGUCAAGGUCGACGAUGAGGACGAAAACAUGAAAGAUGUAAAUGAACCUAGCUCUGACGAACAAGACGCUGAGGGUGAUGCGGAUUAUGAGAUGGACACUUCUAUGCAAGUAAACAGCGUGAAAUCCGAAGAAAACGACUCUUCCUCGGAUGAGUCCAUCAGACCGGCUAAGAGAAAGGCACCUCCGGUCGAUGGAGAUGAUGACAUCCGAAACAACCCAGAACUGUACGGUCUGAGACGCAGCGGAAGAGCUCGUCAUGUUCCUAACAUGGCCGAAUCGGACGCUGAGCAGGACUCGGACUCGGACAUUGCUCCUCGCCCGCGAAAGCGUUUGCGACAAGUCUCUCAGCGGUCCUCGAAACAGCAUACACCCAUGAUCGAUUCGCCCUCUAUGUCUGACGAUGACUCCGAUGCGUAUGGCGGCAAACGUGCGAGGCUCACCAAGAAGCAGCGCCGACGAAUCUUGCAGUCCGCCGAUAGCCUCACACCUGCUCACGCCGAAAUCCGCUUCUCCACCCGUCGCGCUGCAAAAGUUUCUUCUUAUAAUGAAGAUGAGGAUGAUGGCAUGUUUGAAGAGGAUGAUGUUGAUACGAUGACGCCGAACUACUGGGCCAACGAACAAGACAACUCUCCUGCUAUUGACGCAGUAUUAAAUCACCGUCUCAAAGUCGAUAUAACAACUCCGACGCGCACGAAGGACGACUACGAGUUUCUCAUCAAGUGGCAGCAGAAAUCACAUUAUCAUGCCACCUGGGAGACUAUAGAGUCUUUAAAGGAUGUCAGAAGUCUAAAACGAUUGGAUAAUUACAUCAAGAAAUACUUGAUGGAAGAUAUUAGAAUCGUCAACGACCCCGACAUUGCACCUGAGGACAAGGAGAAGUGGCUCUUGUACCGAGAGGAGGUCGCUGAAGCUCUGGAAGAGCACAAGAAAGUUGAAAGAGUGAUUGGCGACCGUGAAGGUGAAGAAGGCACGGAGUAUUUCGUAAAGUGGAAGGGUCUUCUGUACAAUGACGCCAGCUGGGAAUCGUCAAGUCUGGUAAGCGAGAUCGCUCAAACCGAGAUUGAUCGAUACUUGGCACGCAGACGAGAAGAUUUCAGAUCGAACGCUACCGAGAGCAAUCCUGGAACCCGACGAGCCUUCCUUCCCAUGAGAGAACAGCCAUCAUACAUCCAGAACGGAACUCUUAAGGAUUUUCAACUUCAAGGGUUGAACUUCCUUGCUUUCAAUUGGUCACGUUCGAAGAAUGUUGUCCUUGCCGAUGAAAUGGGUCUAGGAAAGACCGUUCAGACCGUCGCUUUCAUGAGCUGGCUGAGGCACGAUCGUGGUCAACAAGGUCCCUUUAUCGUCGCUGUUCCUCUCUCAACCAUGCCUGCUUGGGCCGACACCUUUGACCAUUGGGCUCCUGACAUAAAUUACGUGGUCUAUAACGGACCUCAAGCCGCCCGCAAUAUCAUCAAGGAGUACGAGUUAUUUCCUGAUGGCAACGUGCGUCAUCCACGGUUCCACGUCCUUCUCACAACUUAUGAGUUCGUUCUGCAAGAUGCCCCGUUCUUGAGCCAGAUCAAGUGGCAAUUCAUGGCUAUCGAUGAAGCCCAUCGUUUGAAGAACAGGGAGUCUCAAUUGUACGAUCGCUUACGGGAGUUCAGAGCACCAGCACGACUUCUUAUCACUGGUACACCUGUGCAAAAUAACCUUGGCGAGUUGUCAGCGCUUUUCGACUUCCUAAAUCCUGGUGUCAUUAACAUUGACGAGAGUAUGGAUUUAACUACGGAAGAAGCAAGUGCAAAGAUUGCCAAGCUCACCGAGGACAUCAAACCGUACAUGUUACGCCGUACAAAGAACAAGGUUGAAAAGGACUUGCCACCUAAGACUGAAAAGAUCAUUCGAGUCGAAUUGUCAGAUAUUCAGCUCGAGUACUACAAGAAUAUUUUGACCAAAAACUAUGCCGCUCUCAAUCAAGGCGCGAAAGGACAGAAACAGUCGCUGCUCAAUAUCAUGAUGGAACUGAAGAAGGCAAGCAAUCAUCCCUUCAUGUUUCCCAGUGCAGAAGAACGACUGGUACCCGAUGGCGCUAGAAAGGACGAAGUCCUCCGAGCGUUGGUCACCAGUAGUGGUAAGAUGAUGUUGCUUGAUCAACUCCUUACCAAGCUCAAGCGUGACGGUCAUCGCGUCUUGAUCUUCAGUCAAAUGGUGAGAAUGCUCGAUAUUCUCGGGGAUUACAUGGACUACAGAGGUCAUGCUUAUCAGCGGCUCGAUGGUACUAUCGCGGCAGCCCCUCGUCGAAUCGCCAUUGAUCAUUUCAAUGCACCAGAGAGCACCGAUUUCUGUUUUCUCCUGUCAACAAGAGCUGGUGGUCUGGGUAUUAACCUCAUGACUGCCGAUACAGUCAUCAUCUUCGACUCAGAUUGGAACCCCCAGGCUGAUUUGCAAGCUAUGGCUCGCGCCCACAGAAUCGGUCAAGUCAGGCCUGUGAGCGUCUACCGCUUGGUAUCAAAGGAGACAGUUGAGGAAGAAAUCUUGGAACGUGCCAGAAACAAGCUGAUGCUAGAGUUUUUGACCAUCCAGCGUGGCGUUACCGAUAAAGAAACCCAAGCCCGACGUACCGCCCUGGUUGGGGAGCCUGGAAGCUCAAGUGAAAUUUCAAGAAUUCUCAAGAAACGUGGUCAAAAGAUGUUUGAACAGACAGACAACCAGAAAAAGCUUGAAGAACUUGAUCUGGAUGCUGUACUCAACAAUGCCGAAGAUUACAAAGUGGAACAGCCAGAUGGCACAGAUGCUGAUGGUGGCGAAGAAUUCCUACGCAGUUUCGACUUUGUUGAUGUUAAAGUCGAUGAAAUGUCUUGGGAUGAUAUCAUUCCUAAAGAGCAACUCGAGGAGCUCAAAGCAGAGGAACAGAAGAAGGCCGAUGAGAAAUAUCUUGCUGAAGUCAUCGAACAGAACAAACCUCGAGUGCGAAAUCGCGAUGUUGAGGAUCGUGAGGCUCGGAAGGCACGAAGACAAGAACAGCGCCAGAAGGAGAUUGACUCGGACAGCGAGUCCGAGGAAGGUCCUAAGGCCGACCCUGCACGGCCAUUAAGUGAACGAGAGUACCGUUAUCUGAUCAAAGGUCACCUUCGCUAUGGCUCAAUCGAUGAUCGACAAGAAGAAUUUUUGGCUGAAGCCCGUCUUCGUGGGAGAGAUAUUGGCGUUGUUAAAGCUGCGAUGAAGGAAGUUUGGGACAAAUCGACUGAGCUCUUCAACGCAGAACAGGAACGCAUGGCAGAAUUGGAGCGAACUGCGAAUCGUCCGAUCACUAAAAAGGACCGCAAAGCUAUCCUUUUUGAGCUCCAUGGCGUCAAGCGAAUCAAUGCGGAGACCAUCCUUGAGCGCCCUAACGAGAUGAGACUGCUGCAAGAUGUGACCUCAAAGGAUCCUGACUUCAAGUCGUUCCGCAUUCCCGAAGCCACGAAGAGUGCAGGAUACACAUGUCCAUGGGGAGCACGCGAAGAUGGUAUGCUUUGUGUUGGCAUUUCUCGUCAUGGCUAUGGUGCCUGGGAAAAGAUUCGGGAUGACCCCGACCUUGGUUUGAACGACAAAUUCUUCCUUGAAGAACAUCGUGUCGACAAGAAAGCCGAACGCGAGAGGCUCGAUGAUAAGAAUGCCAAGUCACCAGGUGCGGUUCAUCUCGUCAGACGUGCGGACUAUCUUAUCUCUGUUCUGAAGAGUAAGUACGGUGACGACCCUGCCGCUAAAAGAGCCGUGGAGAACCAUCAUCGAAACAACAAGAAGCUACAAGCUGAACGCUCUGCCAACAUCGGCUCACCCGUUCCCGGGUCCCAUCGCAAGGUACAUCGAGACUCUGAAAAGCCACGACACCGCCCUAGCCAGGCUCAUCGUGAUAGCUCUGAAAGAUAUGGUACUCCACGAGCUGACAGCCGUCAUGGUCACGGUCGACAUGAUAGCGAGCGCCGAGAUGAGAGAGAUCGCAGAUAUCGUGAUGACCAUGGCCAUGGUUCCCAUCACAAUCGGCACGGCAGCGAGCACCGUCGUAGCGAAAACCCCGCUGGUGGUUCCUCGUCCGACGUCGAUCCACUCAUGCAGGUGCUUUUCAAGCCUGUUAGAGAGAGCUUGAAGAAGAUCAAGGCGACAACAAAGAGCGCCAUUCCUGAUUCUCAACAGCGAGCGAAUGAAUUAAGAGUCCUGCUGAAGCAAAUUGGUAAUUUCAUUACUGAGCAGAUAGCGGAUCUUGAUGACAACCAUGAAUCCGUUGAGAAACGUUUUUGGGAUUACGCCGCCACUUAUUGGCCUAACAAAGGUAUCAAGGGUCAAGAACUUCAGACCAUCCACGGAAAGAUCGUGGCUUCGGACAAUAAACUUGCUGGCGAGGCAUCACCAAAUGACGAUUCAAGCAAUGUUGAAGGUCGGGCCAAUGGUUCUUACCGUACUUCGCCGCCUCAUUGAGCGUCAGUAGAUCUUGUGAUCCCUCAGAAGCCUCAACUAUUCAGACUUCACGGCUACAUGAUGACAUGUCCUGAACGACGACCUGGAGUCACAGUGCAUGGUUGGUCAAAGAAUCAUUCACAUUACAUCUUACUACGACAACUUCAUUAGCCCUCAGGUAUUCGUAACAUCGAUAAUUAGCGACAGCAUUCAAGACUAGAUAUAACGACCACAUCUGCUAUUCAACUAUUGUUUGAUGCGGAUUGCAACGACUAGGCAUGCGAGACGGCGUACGGGUAGCUACACUUCCGUUUCAGUCGUGUGACGGUUGAGUUGGAGCAACACCAUCAUGAAGGGGACUUCAUGGAGUUUUGAUGAACUUUCUUGUCCGGCGGAGAAGGGGUUUUACCGUAGGUGAGGGACAAUGAUGAAAAGUAUGCGCGCAUGGACAUGCCGAACGUCGAUGCAUCUAUACAGGGAAUCAUUGUCGACGGCUGUAUACCAAAAGGAUCUGAGCGUGGGGUUACGUGACAGUGUCCAACAAAAGCAAUCAGGGCCAGAGAUGGCUGGAGAGCAUGCGGAAAGUAAGGCGUCUCUUGUCGACUUGAGCUUGACACGAGAAUGGAAAAAAAGUCGUCACCAGUAUGCUUGAAUCGCUGAACCUAGCAAAAGUGUCUUUCGUCUUCUGCGAGGAAGAAUUGAUCGGAGAUAUCAAUGUUUAUCACAUAAAGAUGAUAUGAUCCGCAACUUAAUUCUUGUGGUCGA